AUGGCCGGUGGCGAGGCAGCAGCACCGUUGCUGGAGAAGAAGACGGCGGUCUACCGUGAAGGGUGCCCGGGAUGCGCCGUGGAGCGGAGGAAGACGCUGAACCCCGGCGUCCCCUACAAGGAAUUCUUCCACAUCUGGACCAUCAUCCUCGUCUCAUGUUUGCCAAUAUCGUCGCUAUUCCCCUUCUUGUAUUUCAUGAUACGAGACUUGCACAUUGCCAAAACAGUAGAGGACAUUGGAUUCUAUGCUGGGUUUGUAGGUGCCUCCUAUAUGCUUGGUAGAACUUUAACCUCCACGGCUUGGGGGAUGGUAGCAGACCGCAUUGGGAGAAAGCCAGUUAUUGUGCUUGGAAUUUUCUCCGUGUUUCUAUUCAGUGCUUUAUUCGGACUAAGUGUGCAUUACUGGAUGGCAAUAUCUACACGAUUUCUUCUUGGUUCUUUGAACGGCAUAAUUGGACCUAUACGAGCUUAUGCUAUUGAAGUUUGUCGACCAGAGCACCAUGCUAUUGCAUUAUCACUUGUUAGCACAGCAUGGGCAAUAGGUCUAAUUGUAGGACCAACGAUUGGCGGAUAUCUUGCACAGCCUACAGAAAAAUAUCCAAAGUUAUUUCCCGUCGACUCAUUAUUCGGAAGGUUCCCAUAUUUCUUACCUUGUCUGUGUAUAUCAGUCUUCAGCUUUCCUGUUCUAAUAAGCUGCAUUUGGCUCCCGGAGACACUACAUAACCACAACACUGACGAAAAGGAAGAUCAAGCGAGUGAAUCUUUGACUGCAUUUUUUUCUAAUUCAGAAGAGAUUGUCGAGCAUAAUAUUACUUCAACAAUGAAAAACAAUGUAUUGAAGAACUGGCCAUUGAUGUCAUCUAUUAUUCUGUUUUGUAUCGUGUCCUUUGAUGACAUGGCAUAUUCAGAGAUAUUCUCCUUAUGGGCUGAAAGUGGCAGAAAGUAUGGUGGACUAAGUUUCUCGUCUGAGGAUGUUGGUCAAGUUCUUGCAAUUACAGGUGUUAGCAUUCUUGUAUACCAAACAUUUAUUUUCCCCCGUAUUAUUAGAGUUCUGGGACCAAUCAAUACUUCUCGUGUUGCGAUUAGCAUGUCUAUGGUGCUUCUGUUUACAUAUGCACCAAUCACACAUCUUUCAAGACCUUGGUCGUCAAUAGCAGUAAACAUUGCAUCGAUUCUUAAAAAUAAUUUCCUUAUUACCAUUGUUACUAGUUCAUUCAUUCUUCAGAAUAAUUCUGUGACUCAAGAUCAAAGAGCAACUGCAAAUGGCUUAGCCACCACUUUAAUGUCCUUUUGUAAAACAUUCGCUCCAGCAGGAGCUGGAAUUGUGUUUUCAUGGGCACAGAAACGCCAACAUGUUUUCUUUUUUCCAGGUGACCAGAUGUUGUUUUUUCUUUUGGCCGUUGUCGAGCUUGUGGGACUUGUUUGGACAUUCAAGCCGUUUCUUGUUGUGCCCGAUCAAUUUGCUUCAAAUUAG